AUGACUUGCCUCGCUCUCUGGAAACUUGCUCUCUGCGCCGUUUCCUUGUCUAGCGUAACAGCGACACUCUUGCCAGAUGGACGGCCUCACGCGAAUAUGAUGCGUCCGCCGGGUGUCCCGCUCGUACACAUUCCAGCACCAGAUGCCCCCGUUAUUAGUCGGAACGGCACAGUCUUGCCGCCAUACAACACGCUUUACGAGUUCGACCAACUCAUUGACCACAAAAACCCAUCUCUUGGAACAUUCAAGCAGCGGUUUUGGCACACGUACGAGUUUUAUGAACCAGGCGGUCCGAUAAUUCUUUCCACGCCUGGGGAAACCAAUGCGGGCGGAUACACUGGGUAUUUGACUAAUAGGACAAUCAACGGGUUAAUUGCCCAGCAAGAAAAUGGGAGCACAAUCGUUUUGGAGCACAGAUUCUAUGGCUUCAGUAAUCCGUAUCCAGACCUAAGCGUUGCUAGCUUAAAGUACCACACAAUCCAACAGGCCAUCGACGAUCUCGAAUACUUUGCCAAAAACGUUCACCUCCCAAUGCCUGGAGGUGACCAACUCACGCCCGAUAAAGCCCCAUGGAUUUUGAUCGGAGGAAGUUACUCUGGCGCUCUUACCAGUUGGACAAUGGUCAACAAGCCUGGGCUCUUUUUUGCUGGCUAUUCGUCAUCUGGUGUCGUGCAAGCCAUCUUGGACUUCUGGCAAUACUUUGAACCCAUCCGCCAAAACAUGCCGCAGAACUGUUCCACUGAUGUUCAAGCCGUCAUGACCCACAUAGAUCGCGUUUUCCUUUCUGGAAAUAAGACGGCCAUCCAGGCUAUCAAAGAAUCCUUUGGCAUGGAAAGCGUGAAGUAUCUUGACGACGUUGCUGGUGCUCUCCGGAACAACUUGUGGGAUUGGCAGUCACUCCAGGUCACAUCGGGACCUGGUGCUCAAUUCUAUCAGUUCUGCGACGCGCUGGAGGUUAAGGACGGUCAAAGUGCACCAGCCUCAGGAUGGGGACUCGACCACGCUCUUUCCGCCUGGAGCAAUUAUUGGAAAACAACAUACUAUGCUACAAUCUGUGGAGAACAUGACGCAGAGACCUGUUUGGGCACUUACGAUACCACCCAAACGUCUUGGCACGACACUUCCAUUGAUAAUGCAGGGCGUUCUUGGACGUGGAUUGUCUGUAAUGAAGUGGGAUAUUUCCAGGAAGGAGCACCGCUUGGACAAAAAUCAAUUGUUACUCGUCUUGUUCAACCACCCUACGAAUUCCGCCAAUGCCAGCAAAUGUUUACCGGCGCAUUUCCCUACAGCAUCGCGAUACCAAACACGCUUCACACCAACCUGCUCUAUCGAGGAUGGAACGUCAAGGUUGACAGGCUAUUCUUUGCCAAUGGAAUUCGCGAUCCUUGGAGAGAAGCAACCAUGUCGGCGCAAGGCUUGAACGCCAAGAGCACCCUCUCACAGCCAAUAGCCCUCAGUGAUGGAUUCCACUGCUCCGACCUUGGAGCGUCAGCCGCUCAAGUCGAUCCCACCAUAGCCACAGUGCACAAGCAGGCUCUAGAAUCGUUCCGAACGUGGCUCAGCACAUGGAAGCCAAGGGGACAAGGACGACCAGUCACUUCACCGAGAAGCCUUCCUCAACCAGCACGCAAAGUUUCUCAGCCGGUUAUCUCGAAACCCCUCAGCGCAUGGUUGAAGGGUGCUGGCGUUUUGUAG